AUGGAUUCCGAGGGCAGCGACGUGGAGAACGGGAUGGAGCACGAGACGGUCGAGGUGUACGAGGACGGCCCCAUCGAUCAACAACUCGCCGAUGGGGAUGGCGAAGAGGAGGGCGAGGCUGAACCUGUUCAAGAUGACGCGAUAAAAGCCAUCUACGGGCACGAGAAGGACGUGUUCUGCGUGUCGACGUCAAAGACGGGCCGCUGGCUGGCGACUGGAGGGGAAGACGAUAGGGCGCAGAUCUGGGAUCUCACCAAUCAAUCCGACGACCCCGUGCUGACCAUUCAGCACAACGACUCUGUUGUCUCGACGGCGUUCAACCAUUCGUCCACCCUCCUUGCCACGGCCGACCUCUCCGGCCGUAUCGUCAUCACACAACUCAGUGAUCUGUCGAUGAGAACAGAGAUUGCCGACAGUUCGGAUAUCGAAUGGAUGGAAUGGCAUCGAGGGUCCGAUAUCCUCUUUGCCGGCGAUUCGGAUGGCACGCUGUGGAUGUGGCUCAUCUCGCAGGCGGGCGUCGCCCAACAAAAGGUCUACUCUGCCGGCAGCUCCCCGGCCAGCGCUGGCCAUCUACUGCAAGACGGCCGACGUCUCCUGGUCGGAUACUCGGACGGCCAGUCGAAGCUGUGGAACCUCGGGGAUCAGUCGAACUGCUCGCUGUCGUGCCGCUCGCCGGUGGUGGCCAUCACCUCAUCUACCGUCUCCCCGCUGGCGGCUAUUGGCUACGAGAAUGGCAACGUCUUCCUCGUCAACACCACACCCGCCGAGAACGCCGGCGGAGGAACGCUGCGCGUCUUGGACAAGUACUUGGCUCCCGGAGCUGACACCCGCCGUCGUGGACGCCCCGAAGACCCGGAAAUGGAGGUAGAUGAGGCAGAAGAGAUUGGGACUGCGGUGGAGAGUCUCCAAUUCUCUGCCCUUCAUCCAUGGCUGGCUGUUGGAAGGAAUGAUGGAUCUGUGACGGUCUAUGAUACGCAGACACAGGGAAUGACACGAUUCUCAGCCACAAAUGAGGGAGGAAUGGCCGUGUGCAGGUUAUUCUGGCUGGGCUACCGUCUGCUGACAGCCUCCGUCGACGGCCGGAUACGACUGUACGACGUGCGCAGCGGCCAGAUGACGCGCGAGCUGUGCUGCGGCGGCGACGACAUCCUCGACAUGGCCAUCGUCGAGGAGGAGCCACAGCUGAAGCUCGUCGUCGCGUGCUCCGGAGGGGCCGUUCGCUUCAUGGAUUGU